UACACCAUGUCUAUAAUGAUGGCGGUGGAUUUGUUGGGUUGUACGGGCAGCACAGAGGAGAGAGCCGCCCUCCUGUAUAAAACCAUCCAGCUGGCUGCUGAACUCAAGAGCAACAUGGGCAACAUGUACGGAUUCGCUGCGGUCAUGAGAGCGCUGGAGCUGCCGCAGAUCUCACGGCUGGAGCAGACAUGGAUAACACUGCGACAGAGACACACAGAAGGCGCCAUCCUCUAUGAGAAGAAACUCAAGCCAUUCCUGAAGGCCAUUACUGAUGGGAAAGAGAGCUGUGUCCUCUCGAACACCUCUUUCCCUCACGUGGUGCCGGUGUUGUCGCUGCUGGAGCGCGGUGUGGCGGCAGGCGAGGCGCUGGAGUCCUGGGAGAGUGUGGAGUCGGGAGUGGAUGUGGUCAUGAGUCACCUAGAAGCAGCCCGAACCAUCGCUCACCAUGGAGGACUGUAUCGCACCAACACUGAGAGCAAGCUUCAGGAUUUCCAGGAGCGGAAGGAGGUGCUGGAAAUCUUCUGUACAGAGUUUCAGAUGAGGCUUUUAUGGGGCAGCCGUGGCUCUGAAGGAAGCCAGGCCGAGCGCUAUGAGAAGUUUGACAAAGUCCUCACUGCUCUGUCCCACAAGCUAGAACCUCCUGUACGACACAGUGAAUUAUAGCACCCCCGCACCCACAAAUUGUAUGAUCCCUGACCUUCCUGUCACUCCUACUCCUGGUCCAUGCUUUUAGGGGGGAGCCGGAGAAUAUGACAAUGAGGGACUCGCUCUGCAAAACAAGGCACAAAAGGGGACAGGCUUUAUGCGAGCAUGAUAGCGCCUCCUAAAGAACACAGUCGUGAACUGCAGCAAUGGAAUGAAAUAAAAAUCUAAAGCCAAAAUCUCUUCUUCAGUGGUGAUCAAGGGCACUUCCUUUUCAAAAAGAGAGAAUGUGAUGAAGUGCACAUUGACUUUAACCCAAAUGGGUCUGAAUCCUGUUUUAUGUGAAUCCAUGAUUUAGUUUCCAUCAGCUUUUAUGUCGAUAAAAAAGCAAAGAUGUCUUGCAGAAGUGACGUGUCUCUGUACCCUAGAUGAGACUGCAUUGACUUAACAUAGUCACGAUUUAUUGCUGGAAUAGAUUGAACACACACUCACUUUUCAAAUGUCUGAAUGUAAGUUGCCAAAUCAUGAAUUCAAACAGAUGUCUACUGGAUAAAGAGUCUUAUUUUUAUGCUCAAUUUUUGGGUUCACUUCUGUGUUUUUUCGCUGUUGUCAUGGCUUUAUCGAUAGAAAUGGAGUCGACAGUUACUGUGAGGAAUUGGGCCUUCAUUUUUAAUGAGUGUCUUAACAGAUGCUCACAUUCACACUCUCUCCAGGUCUGACAGCAUUGCUUCUCAGAGCGCUUUGGUGUCUGUAUGUGUUAGAGAAGAAGUGUAAGAUAGAAGACAUACUGUUUUCUUUCCUCUCUUUCUGUCAUGCUGAGUUUUUUUUUUGUCUAAAGGGGUCAUAUCAUGAGGAAUGAAAUUUUCCCUAUUUGUAAAUACAGAGUUCAUUAUAACUAUCAGAAUUUAAAAAUCCAGUGCUAAAAAUAUGCAUUUAUUGAAACUAAAUAGCAAAAUGAGAUUUUGGCAUCUGAAACUCAAGGUCAUUAGCAUAUGGCCACCCACUUUACACAUCAACAUCACAUAUUAGGUGUGCAUUCAUUCUGCUAAACACCAGAAGAGCUCAUGAUAAGAGUAAAAUUGUGAAACUAGUAAAAACCCACCACAUAUUGUGCUGUUUUUUGCUGUGUGUAGCACCUACAGCUCUGCAGAUCCUUCUAAAGGAUCCCAGUGUUGAAAACAAGUUCAUUUUCAGCACAAAUUGUUUUAUGAAUCAGUUACAUUAUAUUAGCAACCCCACAGCUCAUGUGUUUCUCAUUUCAUAUACGAAGAAGGUCAUUUGCAUAAAGUCUUAAAGGCGCAGCAGCACAAAAACAGCCUGUUUAAUUCCAACAUCAGAAAGAGGGUGGAAAUGGACAUAAAAAAAUUUAAAAAAUUUAAAUAGCAAAAAAUCAUGAUAUGACCGCUUUAAUAUCUUUCAUGACAGAUACGCUGUCUUUUAGAUACAUAAUGUAUAUUCUCAAUGAGACUGGAUCACAAUGAA